AUGUAUUAUAUAAAUAAAAUUAAAUUCAAUGGCAGAAUAAUAUAAAUGUUAAACAAAUUAUUAAUGUUCAAAAGAGUCUAAUUGAUGGUAUUAUAAGUAGUGUAAUUCUCUAUUAUUUCAUAAUUAAACCUAAAACCAUGUUUGUAAGGAAUAAUUCAAUUUUAUUAUUAAUUGAUUGAGCAUUAUAUGUAAUAAGUAUUAUUCAGAUGAUGAUGAUACUCUAAGUCUUUUAUUUUAUAUUUGUUGUAAGUACUAAAUGUGUAGUAGCCAUUAAUUGGUUAAAAAGUUUUAAAAGCAUAGGAUUAUUUUAUGAAUUAUUUAUUAAUAUUAUUAUUUUAUAAACAAAUAAAGAAAUGA